UAAUUGCAGCCGCUACAUCAAUCAUUUCUUGGAGCAGAGUGUGCCUCCUUCGAUCUCAAGCAAAAUGGUUUUCUCUCAGACUCUUCGCCGCGCUGCGGCUCAGCAGGCCGGUGGCUACCGUUCUCCUUUCGGUCCCAAGUACUCGACUCCCCUCCACUGGCACGGUCUUACCGCCCGGUCUGCUGUCACUGCUGGUACCAUCGCCGCCGGCUUCGGUGUCAGUGCCGGUACCUUCCUUCUGUUCUUCUUCGGCGAGGUCCCCCGUGUUCGCCGUGACAUCCUCCAGAAGCUCCCUUUCCUCGAUGAGUACUUUGACCGCACCGUCGCCCCCGAGGACAACCCCUUUUAAAUUAUAUCUUUGAAAUUGAGACAACUGUUUUUAUAAAUAUACACACAACCCACACACAACCUGGUCCCCUGGACGGAUUACCGCUUCAUAACUGGACAGCAAAAGAGACUUGAGGUGCUGUACGUGUAGACUAGCGAUGAUUUUUUGAGAGCACAUACUAGAGAAUGCCUGCUUAAAGAAAUAUUCUCCUACUAUUUUGCUGGCC